UGUUGUUGUGCCCUUCCCCUCACUGACUGAGAAUGCAUCUCUACUCCCUCACUUCUGAAAGAGUUAUCGACGGCGAACCUCACCAAGUGGGGUGCAAAAAGGGGAAGAGGAGAGUAUUGUGGAGAGGAUGUGCACAUAACCAGUCACCAGCACAGUAUUAGAAAUCGAGAAGCGGACAAGAUUCCCCUCCCCCCCUUAUCUCCAGUGCCAGCCAACGCCCUUUGGUCUCUCUAAGUGAGGCUUUGAAACCAGAAACAAGCCCCACGGAGAUGAAAGCAGCUGGAGCGAAGUUGGAACUAGUGCGUAGUCGUAGAAUACUCCCUCAGGCGUCACCUACAGCCAGACAGUCAACAGAGACCACUGAGAACAACGGCUCUGUCUCUUUAGAAAGUUCUGGACCGUAGGACUAUACUGGACCUCCCCUGAGUGUAGUCAUGCCUGUGGUUGUGAUGCUCAGCUCCUCGCUGCUGUGGUCGCGUGUGCUGGCCAUGCUGUUCUCCUGCGUGGCCUUCAGCGUGGCAAUUCAUGGCGCAAUGGUGAGGGAGCAGCCGGCAGGGGACUGGUGCCUUUUCAGCUGGGGCUUCAGCUUUGCCGGCACGGCACUGGUGCUGCUGGUGGAGCUGUGUGGCCUGCAGUCACGCGCACCCGUCUCCUGGAAAAACUUCCCCAUCACCUUCGCCUGCUAUGCUUCCCUCUUCUGCCUCUCCGCCUCUAUCAUUUUCCCCCUGUACUUCGUGAAAGGCUUCCAGACGUCCAACCAGUCCUACGACUACCGUAUCGUCUCGCUGGUCUUCUCCUGCCUGGCCACCAUCGCCUACCUGACAGAGGUGAGCAUCAGCAAGGCGCGGCCGGGCGAGUUGGCUGGCUACAUGGCCACGGUGCCUGGCCUGCUGAAGGUGUGCGAGACCUUCGUGGCCUGCAUCAUCUUCGUGUUCAUCAGCGACCCCAAUGCCUAUGAGAGCCACGCGGCUCUCAAGUGGUGUAUGGCUGUCUACUGCGUCUGCUUCAUCCUGUCGGCCGUGGUCAUCGUCCUGUGCGUGGGCGAGUGCACCGGCUGCCUGCCCUUCCCCUUCGCCCGCUUCCUGUCCGCUUACGCCUUGCUGGCGGUCGCCAUGUACCUGAGCGCCACCAUCAUCUGGCCCAUCUAUAAGUUCGACAGGAAGCACGGGGGAACCCCCACAAGGCCCAGUCAGUGCGGUUCCAAACCGGGGCUUUGCGGCUUUGACAAGCUGAUGGCUGUGGCUGUGCUCACUGGUGUAAACUUCAUACUGUACUUGGCUGAUCUGAUAUACUCUGCCAGGCUGGUGUUUGUCUCUGUUUGAGUCAAGAAAGAGAGGGAGAGAGAGAAGGGGGAGAUGAAAGGAAGAUAAUUAAAAAGAAGAAAAAGAGAGGCUUGUGACAGAUGAAGAAAAAUAGGAUGAACUCAGCAAUCACUGUUAAUCCAUGCUUUACCAUUUAUCAGUAUUUUGGUCAAAAAUCAGUUGUCGGCAAGGUUGCCCUGGCUUGUGUCAUAUUUAUCAAAGAACCACAUUGAUAAUUUCAAGAAGUGUCAAAAAAUGGAGAUAAAAAGUGCAGCUAUAAUAAAAUAUACUUGUUUUUUAUUUUUUCGAUCCAUUCAGUGUUCCCAUCCACUACCCACAUAGGACACAAUAAAACAGGAACAAAUCCAAUGAUCAAUAAUACUUUCCUGAAGGAAAUGUCCCCAUUACUGAGUACAUACACAACCACUGCUCUUAACAGUGGUUUGGGCUCAAAUGAGCCAAGUCAAGGCUGAAUCUAUUUUUUGUUAUUUCUAUGUGUGGAAGUGGUGCUUAUAUGUAUAAGUGUGUACCUCUGUUAAAGCUUCCAGUGUUCAACUGCUGUGUUAAAAUGGUGUUUUGAUGAAGUACUCCAACACAAUACAACACAUACAAUACAUUCAUAUAUCUUUUAUGACUUGAUUGUAAUUCAUUCUACAUCUCUGCAGUUAAUCUGCACAGAGUAGGAUGACUAUUUGAAAAAUACAUGACUUCCUCAGUAAUCAUGAAAGCUUGAAUUACAGUCAUCCAUAAUGUACUCCUGUUAAUUGUUUAUGCAUAUGUAAUGCUUAUUUCUUAUAUGGCAACACAUAAGAAAAAAUUAGUUCAGAGCAGAGAUUUUGCAAUGUGUUUUUAUGGUAGUUUCUGUCUCUUUGACUGUUCUGUAGCUGGAUGUGUUUUUUUAUGACUUGCUCCAGUCCCUAUGUGCCUGAAUGAGAAUAUUACUAAUGUUUGCUCAGAGACCACAGGGCUAGAAAUAUAUAAUUAGACCUUUCUCUGUGUCUCAACACAGUGCCUUUGUAAAGUUUUAAGUGUACUGCAUCAAAUGUAUGGGAGAAUUAUGGUUCACUAUGGAAUAAAUAACAUUAAUGGACAA